AUGAACGGUAAUCUUCUGAAAAUCUUCAAGUCUACUGUAGGCGAUUUCAGCAUGAAGAAUAUCACUGAAGUCACUGUAUUUAUACUCACAGGGCUCACAGACAGUCCUGACCUGCAGACCAUCCUCUUUUGCUUGUUUCUCACAAUUUACCUUUUCACCCUCGUUGGAAAUAUAGGACUGAUUGUGUUGGUCAUUGAGGAUUCCCAGCUGCACAACCCAAUGUACUAUUUUCUCAGUGUGUUGUCUUCUGUGGAUGCCUGCUAUUCCUCAGAUAUCGUCCCAAAAAUGUUAGCAGGUUUGGUGACUCAGAAUAAAAUGAUCCCAUUCUAUGGCUGUGCAACACAGUCAUUUUUUGCUACUACUUUUGGGACCACAGAAUGCUUUCUCCUGGCGGCAAUGGCUUAUGACCGGUAUGAAGCCGUCUACAAUCCCCUGCGGUAUUCCGUGAGCAUGACGCCCAGGGUCUACGUGCCACUCAUCAUCGCCUCCUAUGUUGGGGGGAUUCUUCACGCUAUUGUGCACACGGGGGCCACUUUCAGCCUCUCCUUCUGUGGGUCCAAUGAAAUUAGACAUAUCUUUUGUGAUAUCCCUCCUCUCCUCGCUAUUUCCUGUUCUGACACUCAUAUCAAUGAGCUUCUACUCUUGCUCUUUGUGAGCUCCAUUGAGGUGGUCACCAUCCUGAUUGUCCUCAUCUCCUAUGGCUUCAUCCUGUUGGCCAUUCUGAGGAUGCGUUCUGCCGAAGGGAGGAGAAAAGUGUUCUCCUCGUGUGGCUCCCACCUAGCUGGAGUGUCCAUGUAUCACGGGACAAUCCUCUUCAUGUACGUGAGGCCGAGUUCCAGCUACGCCUUGGAGCACGACAUGGUGGUGUCCAUAUUUUACACCAUCAUCAUUCCCAUGCUGAAUCCUGUCAUCUACAGUUUGAGGAACAAAGAUGUAAAAAGGGCAAUGAAAAAAGUUUUCAGGAAAACUGUGUGUAAAGGUAAAAUCACUCUUUAA